CCUAACCCAGGGUGACCGUCCACAAGGCAAGCCCUGUCUCUGGGCGUGGGUGGACAGGUCAUUGGUCUCACUGUGCAGGCACUCAGGUGGGCCAGGUUGCUGGCCCCUGCGCCAUGGCCUGCCUCCACAGAGGAUGACCCCACCCCGGCCGCCCGCAGACACCUGUCGGACCAGUCAGGGAGGCUGUGGACUGCCAGGUGCUACGACUGAGGAGGAGCCCCUCUGGUUCUUGGCUUCCUCCCAGCUGAGCAGUGAGGGUCCCGAUCCCAUCCUGACCAUUCUUGACACACCCCAUUGUGCUGUGCCCACAGUCAGGGUCACCGUGCUGGCCCAGCGGCCACAGCCAGGCAGAUGCGAGGGGGGGAGGUGGCCUCUACUGGGCGUGACCAGGGAGCCCCAGAGAGCUUCUGGGCAAUCCCUGUGUGUGAGUGGGGAUCUCCAUACCUGUGCUGAGCACCUCCUUGGGACCUUGUGGGGCUGGCUGCUGCCCUGUAACGGGGGCACAACAGACCCAGACCAGGCAGGAGGAAGGUGCAGGGACAGAUCGACAUGGACACACGCACAUUGUGGUUGAGCUUCAGAAGAGCAGGAUCCCCCAGGGCUCUGAGCCGGUGAGGGUCCUGGCAGGUUACCUGGAAGGGGUGAUGCUCGAGCUAAGAGUUGACGAAGCAACCCCCAGGUCAAGGCCAGAAGGCUUUCCUAGCAUGACGUGGGGGAAGCAUGAGAGUAGGGGUGGCGUGGAGGUGGGCCUGGUUCACCAGGGUGGGGAGAGGGACCCCACGCCUGCCUGGGGGACUGGUGGAGCUGGGUCCGGGCAUGGGGGUGGGGGUGCCUUAUCUCCUGCUGGGUUGGUGGUGCUAGUGGAUCUAGUUGCAAGUGCUUUGUGGCUGAAAGGGGAACCCACACCUGCCUGCAGCCACCACCCGCCUCCCUGAUGACUCGUCUGUGCUCGGCCAGUAAUGCGAGCCCCAGGGAGGGAGGCGCAGGGCGCCCUGGGUCCCCCCGCCCCGAGCCCCCGGACAGCCUCUGGCUGGGCAUAGCUGCCCAGUCGAGCGGAUGCAGGAUGCUGCAGCCUGAGAGUCUCCGGGUCUCCGAGGAGGGGACAGCCGCUGGGUCCCGGCGCGGUGACUGCAUCAUCUGCUACUCAGCCUAUGACCUCGCCGGCCACCUGCCACGCCGGCUGUACUGCGGCCACACCUUCUGCCAGGCGUGCGUGCGGCGGCUGGACGCUCCGGCCCCCGAGCAGCGCUGGAUCCCCUGCCCACAGUGCCGCCAGAGCACACCCACACCCCGUGGAGGGGUGGCCAUGCUGGACCUCGACCUGGCCGCCUUCCUAGCCGUGAAGGCUGAGCGGGAGCCGUCUCGUGUGGAGCCCCCUGCGCCCCCCAAAGGCGGCACUGCAAUCACUCGGCAGCCAGCCAGGCUCUGUCCCACCUUGGGCGCCCAGCCCCACUUCCCCCAGGCCAGGUGCUGCUGCGGCUGCUGCUGGGACGCCCCUGGCAGUCCCGAGGUCUGAGUCCCGGCAGGCGAGCUGCUGCCCCCCGCAUGUCCCUACCUCGGAACCUCCAGAGGCAGCACAGCCAGCCCAGAGCAGCCUGAGGGCCGAGCAUCCCGCAGCCUGCCCUACACAGACUCCCCCAGACCGCAGCCUGAGCUUGGGGGCUGUGCCCCUGGCACUAUGACACUCUGUGAGAUGCGGGUGACCUCCUGCUUGUCUUGGCCAGGAUUCCAGGGCCUCAAACUAGCCUGACCGUGUGCAGGGGGAGGGUGCUGCUGUCAGAGUCACCUGCAAGCCCAGCCCAGGCCUGGACUCAGCUCAGAGGAUGCCUCCAUGGC